CCUCGAACCGUGAUACAGUGGUCGACCUUUGCGAACUGUGCGUCACGCCCACACACGCAAACACGCAAACGUACACAUACACAAGCACACACACAUUGGGAACGACAGCUGCGACGCCGUGUCUUUUAUUUUUCUUUAUUCGUGGGACUGAAGGGGCGGGAAAAACCACGUUCGACUCCCGGUCGCAUCUGCGAGCGAUCGCACCUUUUUUGGCCAUAAAUUUUUCUCCCCUCACAGGCUCUGCGCAGCUUGCGUUACAGCACAUACUACGUCACACGGCGGACCGGGCAAAAACAAAUCCAAAUUAGGUUUGUGAGCGCGACAGAGCUUCUGUACGGCGCUAGCUAUGCCUCCCAAGGGGCGCAAGGGCGGGAACGAGAAAGGCGGCAAGCGGGGGGAGGAGGAGAGGGAGCUUCCGCUGCAGGCAGUCAUCCUUGCAGACCCCUUCGAGACGCGGUUCUCGCCGUUUACGCUGGAGAAACCGCGGUGCCUGCUGCCACUCGCAAACACUCCGCUCAUAGAGUAUACCUUGGAAUUUCUGGCCAAUGCUGGCGUGGAGGAGGUGUAUGUGUACUGCGGCGCACACACGGAGCAGGUUGAGGAGUAUCUGGAGAAGUCGAAAUGGGCAACAACAUCUCCCCGCAAUGCCUCGCCUUUCACCGAGUUGACCAUCAUCCACUCGACCGCACAGACGAUCGGAGCGGCGAUGCGAGACCUUGACGACAGAGCCAUCCUGGAGAACGACUUCAUCAUCGUCUAUGGGGACGUGGUGUCGAAUCUGCCGCUGGAGUCUGCGCUGGCAGCUCACAGGGCUCGGCGAGCGGCAGACAAGAGCGCAAUCAUGACCAUGGUGCUCAGAGAGGCCGACACGAAUCACAGGACAAACGUGCACGGAUAUACGCCUGUAUUCGUGCUCGACCCCAAGAAGGACAGGUGCCUACACUACGAGCAGAUGGUGCCGGGAGAGGACACGAGGAGGGUCACGUUGAACUAUGAAGAGAUUUUGAAAGCACAUCAAGAGGUCGAUAUCAGGACCGACCUGAUCGACUGUGGAAUCGAUAUUCUCACGCCAGAUGCUCUUGCGCUUUGGAAGGACUACUUCGACCUCGAGGCACCACGACGGCAAUGGCUGUUCAAGAUCCUAGGUGAUCACGAACUCAAUGCGAAGACAAUCCACACGCACAUCAUCACAGACCACUACGCAGCGCGUGUGCGAAAUCUGCACGCUUACGACUCCGUCAGUCGUGACAUCAUCAGCAGAUGGAGCUACCCGCUGUGCCCAGACAGCAAUCUUCUUCGGGGCCACAGCUACAGACUGCAGAAGGGCAUGAUAUAUCAGGAGCAAGGCGUCAUUCUUGCACGAUCUUGUGUGAUCAACAAACGCACCGUCAUUGGCGAGGGCACAAGCGUGGGAGAGGGCACCAUAAUAGGCAACAGCGUCAUUGGACGAAACUGCAUCAUCGGCAAGAAUGUCAAGAUCGAAGGAGCCUACCUGUGGGACAACGUCGCCGUGGGCGACGGCUCGGUCGUCACAAAGGCUAUUGUUGCAGAUGAGGCCGUCGUCGGCAAGAACUGCACUGUCGAAGCCGGAGCUCUCCUUUCGUACGGUACGCGAGUGUCAGACGGCAUAACCGUUCCUGGCUCGAGGCGCGUAACCCGUGUGAAGCGAAAACGGAUCACGGUCAAGGAUGGCGGCAUGGACAAGCUCGUCAACACGAUCGAACACGGUUCCACCGAUCACGCCGUGGUAGGACCGGACGGUGAGGGCUUCGAUUUCGCGCCUUCCGAGGAUGAUCCGGAGGCCGAAGAAUACGAACAGCUAGCCAAUGUGGGGCUCGUGUAUACGCAGCCUGCGUUUUCGCUGUCGCAGGAGUCAAUAUCGACUUUGAACUCGGACGACGAGAGCGACUUCACCGACGCGACGCCGCAGACCAGAUCCGCAACGUCCUCCUUCUCCGUCGCCGUCGACGACGCCCUGGCGCCACAGCCGGCCCAGCAGGGCCACAGGUUCCACUCCGAAGCUGUAGACAGUAUCUACGGUCUCAUCUCCGAGGGACAGGACGUGAACAACGUCCAGAUCGAGCUCCAGUCGUUGCGCAUGUCAACCAACGCAACUGAGCACCAGGUCCGCCGCGCCGUAGUGCAGGGAUUCAUGAAGCGCAUAGCACAGUUGUACGAGCAAGACGGCAAGCUUCAGGCCGCCGUUUCGUCCGUCCUCGGGCCGUACCAGACCAUGGUCGAGCGUGCCGUCGAUGACGUUAGCGAAGAAGCGAAGCUGCAGAACCAGAAGGACCUCCUGCUGCUAUUCCAGAGCGACGCAGCUUCGCGCAAGGAUGGCGACAAUCUGCUGCUGUUCCUGGUGAAAGACCUGGUUGACAAGGACCUGAUCGAUGUGGACGCCGUGGAGGCUUGGUGGAACGACGCGAAAAGCACGGAGAAGGAAGACCUGCGCAAGGUCAGGGAAAAGACGAAGCAGCUCGUCGAAUUUUUGCUCGACGACAGUGACGAUGAGGAGGACGAGGACGAGGAUGAAAGCGACUGAUUUCUGGACGUUUUGUUCGCUCGGAUAGACUUUCAUUGUCGCCGCAUUACAAAAUUACCCAUAUGGCUUUCGUCACGCGAACAGCACGCGUAGUCAUCCCUUCGAUAUUAUCGAUCCUAUCCAACGAACCAUCUAAGAUGGUCAAAGAAAAAGUAAAGAAGAAUUGCAUAUGUACAUGAAUUGCCCAGAUGUCGUGGCCGAGCAUUUCGUCUGUUAUGCUUUCCCACCCCAUUGAGAAAAAAUAAUAGAGGAAAAGGGGAAGAGGGGGUUGGUUUUUCUUUUUUU